CUUUUAUAUUCGACCCGUCCUCCUCCCCUCGGCUUCCGCUCCUUCCAACCCAGCAGUCGAAUCCAAACAAACAACAUCACAUCAGACGAGAAGCCGCCCAAGCAAAGCACCUGCACACUCACCUACCUACUCUGUGUAUCAUCUGUAUAUGCAUACUGUCUUCCGCCAAAUUAUUCCACGUCCCAACUUUGUCGCGUUUGCCCCUUUGUUGUCCUGAUUGGGGCGCAUCCGCCUUUGUUUUGGCCUGUAAACACGACCUCGUUAACUCGACUACCAGCCCUACACAUGGCUGCACAACACCGGCGGUCACGCCCGAACACUCCCCAUAUGGCCCAACAAGUCGCAAGUCAUAGUCGCCCGCUAUCACGCGCCUCUACUGCUAGCGUUCGUUCUUUUGGUCAACACGAAGCUCACCAACCUCACCAAUUUUCCCAGCCUCCAGUCACCCAUGCCGGCCCUCAACACCAAAUGCAUCAACACCAGCAGUCGCAUGCGUAUAUGUACGGAAACCCUCACAUGACCGAGAUGCAUUACGGUGCUCCCAACUCGCUUAUGCACAACGUGCACCACAUGCCACAGCAGGAGAAUGUUAUGGAUCCGGCACAUCAACAACAGCUCAUGGCCUUUAGCAAUGAGGGUGUACCUUUACAGGUUUUGGACCAAAACAUACAAGCCACGCCGCACGCCUACCAAAUGGCGCAUGCCAACCAUCGCGCCUCUGUUAGUGUAAAUGGUGAUGACGGCAUGAAAAAGAAGGGGAAGAAGUCAAGUGGCACUGGAGGUGCCCGAGAUGACAAAGAGCUGCGCGAAUUGAUUACAGCUAACUCGCAUCGCACACUUCUUGAAGUGGCCAGUGAUAUCCUGAUCUUAGAUCGCUCUUCCAAAGCAGAAAAAAUGAAGCAGCUUUUCGCCAUGAUAUGGCUACGAAAAGCAUGCUCCACAGUCAAGGAUGCAUCCGUUCCUCGUAAUCGAGUAUACUCCAAGUACGCUGAGAUAUGUGGUGACCAACGCGUAACUACACUAAACCCAGCUUCCUUUGGUAAAUUGGUUCGCGUCAUCUUCCCUGGUAUCAAUACCAGGCGUCUCGGUGUCCGAGGUGAAUCGAAAUACCACUAUGUCGAUCUGGCCUUGAACGAAGAGCUUGAGACGGCAACUCGACCUGCCACGGGAGAUACAUCCGCUGCGGCUGCUCGUCGUCCUCUGCGACGUCAAGAUUCUGUGGCUACAGUGGCAAAUUUCAACAAUAACCCGGCUCCCGCCGCUGACACAGCUUCGUUUCCAGCCCCAGAUUUGAACAGCUUCCCCAACAACCCCUCACAGGGUAGAGUCUUUACCGAGCCAUUUUCACAAGGCUACCAUCCGACGCAAACACGCACCGCUUCCGAUUAUAUAUACGAACUCAAAUUUCCCAAGCCUGAGCUUCUCGCUAUACCAGACGAUCUGACCAUCAAUCUACCUGAUAUCCAUCCGUACCUUCCAGCAAAGUAUGACGACGACUCGGCCAAUGCCCUUGUUGCCUUGUAUCGAACGCAUUGUACCUCGGUGGUCGAUUCAGUACGAUUUUGCAAAGAGAAGCAGUUUUGGAAAUUGUUCACUUCCUUCCACGGUACUCUUACUGUCCCCGUUCAGAAGUUGUUCGCCAUGAGUGAAUUGGCUCCAUGGAUUAGGGAAUGUGACUGGUUAAUGUACCAGAAGAUGAUCCGCAAUGUUUCACAACUGACCUUGCAAGCCGCGCCAGCUUCUGUACUCAAAUUCUUCGACAAUAUUGGCAAGACUCUGCACAGCCACAUAUCGACAACCUUCGCCUCACAUCCACUACACGUUCUCGAGGCGAAAUUGGAGCCUGCAACGCUCUUCGCUCAUCUAAUGCGCCAGAUGGUUCGCGUGAACUCCACGGCUCAUGCCGCCGCUGUAAUGCUCACAGUUGAUAAUCAACGCGAGCUGAUGUGGAGCGACUGGGAAACUCAUGUCAAAGUCAAACGUGUUUUGGAAAAUGUCCUGCCACAAUCAUGCGCCCCUGAAGAAGUUUACCACAUCUUGUCAAACGAAAUCCGCGAAAUCCUCAUCCCCUCUAAACCCACCUGGUUAGGAAACGACUUCACCGAUCCACUGCAAGAAACAGUCAUAGACCGAAUCGCAGCAUUUCUCAUGAACCUGCCAGCCCGUUUUCCGGAUGCGAACGCUCGAAACUUGAUACUAUGUAUCAAUGCAGUCGGGUCAGCAGCUUUGCGGGAGAUCACUGUAGAAAAUGGCCCCAGUUUUCAAGGUUGGUGGUUGACAAAGGUCUUCGUUGAUGAGAUGGCACACUGGCUCGCUACUUUUGGUGGUUUCCUAUCGCAUACUCCUGUCGUUCCUGGAUUGCCAAGCUUCUCCCCGGAUGCAGAAGAGUCAACAAACCUUGAUCUCAAUCUACCCAAUGGGGGUAGUGGUGGCAGUAGCAACAAUGAUAGCCGGCUAAGCAGCAUGGGUGCAGAUAACACUCAAACUGGCGAUGGCAAUGGAUUUGCUGGGUCUACCCAAAGUACCGGCCACACGGGUCAUGGAGAUACUUUUCGUCAAGAGACAGCCAUGUCUUUCGAUCUGGACCUAGAAUUCGCUACUUCCCAGCAAGAUCAGUCGCAACACGAACCAAACGACGACAGCGGAUUCAUCGAUACUGAUGUAUUAGACGAUAAACUUCAGAUGCAAGCUCUCCAAUCACAUCUUGCUGGCACGCCUUCCAUGUCCCUCAAUGGCGCAUAG